CCCGGCGCACGCCCCCGGGCGGCUGCCACCCCACGCCGCGCCGCGCACCGCUCCGGGCCACCACUCGAAUCUCAACGCGACAUCUCACUAAAACGAUUUGCUCGCAAUCGCAUCACGCGUUCACCCUAUUAUCUUAUCAUUUCGGUUAUAGUAAUCAGUGAGUUUCCGGUUUCGCGUACAUAUCACGAAAAAGCUUUCCUUGUAACUACAGUUUUUCUAUAUCGAAUAAUAUAUUAAGCCCUUGAGCGUAAUUAUAUACUUAAAAACUACUCUGUGUUGUCGUGAUCGGAUAUCGCAAAAUGGUCGUAAGUAGCGCGAAAGGAGUAUGAUGAGGUGUGGUGUAUACGAGAGGAUAUCCUGUGCGGAGUGGUGCGCGCCACGGCUAGGACGGUGAGGCAGCGUGGCGGAAGGUGCGAGCAGCCAGCGAGAGUGCGAGAGCAUGGGCGGGCCGGGUGGCUGGCCACGCGACGCGCCCGCGCUGCUCAGCACGGCGCUGCUGCUGGGCGGUGCGGGCGGUGGGGCCUCGUUGGUCGACCGCCCGCCGCCGCCGCUAUUCACCAUCGACAGCAUCCUGGCGCCGAGGCCGCAGCCACCGAUGCCGCCGCUGCAGCUGCAUCAUCUAGCCCAUUCACCUUUCCACAGAGCUCACGAUAUUUUUGGUGUCGGGAAUGUGGUGACAUCAGCCGGCGGCUAUGCGGGUUUGUACGGAGGUUACGCGGCAGCUGCUUUAGCUGGACUUUCGGGUCCUCCGCCUAAACGCAAGCGCCGACACCGUACCAUCUUCACAGAAGAACAACUGGAACAGCUAGAGAGCACCUUCGACAAGACACAUUAUCCUGAUGUUGUUCUAAGAGAGCAACUGGCGUUAAGAGUCGACUUAAAGGAGGAGCGGGUUGAGGUUUGGUUUAAGAACCGACGUGCGAAAUGGCGUAAACAGAAGCGGGAGGAACAGGAGCGACUUCGUAAAUUGCAAGAGGAGCGCGCUUGCAGCCGCGCGAUGGUGUCAGCGCGAGCGCGCCUCUCGCCGCCUUCUCGACUGCCCCCUGCGCCGCCCACACCUCGUCCUUACACCGACGAUUCCGAGGACUCUGAUCUGGAAGUCGCUUAAGUGCUAGCAUUAAAACAUAGAGUGAACAUAAAAGUGCAAGUCUUUGGAAGUGAAUCGGUGUCAUUAAUAAAAUCGCCAUAUUUAAAUAUGGAAAAAUACUUUAAAACGAAGUGCACAAACGUUUAGCAAUAAGGACUCAACAUGACUUCGUAAUAAUAACAUUUUGAUUACUGAAGUAAUUAUUGUUAUAUAAUUAAAUUAAAAUUCUUGUAUCUUCUAGAGUGUAUCUAUAGAUAUAUAUUUAUAAGUUAUUUUAUGAUCGUAGUGUAUCUAGUUAAAUGGACAAGUACCUAUCUACUUGUAUCGCAAGCUUUGAUGUCUUGAAAUUGUAAUAUAAUAAAUAUAUUCUAAGUUGUAUAUUUCUUCUUGCAUCUUGAUAUGUAAGUGGUAGGUACCGUAACCAUAUAUUUACUUGUAUUUGUCUCAUAUCUUCGUUUCCAAACUUAUAUUUGAUGCUAUUGUGAAAUUACAUCUGGAUUUGUGUUGUAUUACAUAUAUUUUCAAGGCAAAAAAAAAUUAAGUCACUGAUUUUUUCUUUAAGUAUUAUGCCCAGUACAAGAAAAUAGCUCACCUCAAUCACUCGUAUUCUAGUUAGAAAUAUAACAUUAUAUCUGAAUAUACAUGAAUGUUGAAUCAUGAAUGCCAAAUAAUUGCUUUUCAGAUAUUUAUCUCAAUUAACUUCUCUUCUUCAAAGAUUU